AUCAAAUGGAGUUAGUGCAGAGCCAGCUAAGCACUCCACUGAUACCGAAUUUUUUAUAGUUACCUUGGAAACCGAUACCACGUGAUAUCAUGUAGGACAACUUCUUUGAAGAAAACCCCUCUAUUGAGUUGACUACACCCUGCAACCAUUCUUCUCUUACCUUUCUCUGCAAAUCCAUUCAUUUUCUGUUGUUGAGAUCAUAUCAUGGCUGGUGCACUUGUUGGUGGAGCUUUUCUCUCUGGCUUCAUUAACGUUGUCUUUGACAGGCUCCUUGCAAAAGAUGCGGUCAACUUGGUCCUGGGAAAGAAGCUUGGCGCUGACUUGGUUGAAAGGCUGAAGACUGCUCUGUUGGGUGCUGAAGCUCUUGUUGCUGAUGCUGAGUUGAAGCAGUUCAGUAAUCCAUCUGUGAGGAAGUGGCUCGAUAGUCUCCGGGAUGCUGUUUACUGUGCUGACGACUUGCUGGAUGCUGUCCUCCUCAAAGCCACCACUCAAAAGAAUGCAAGUUCUUCCUGGUCCCUUAGCUUCUUCAUCAACCGAGAUAGGGAUGAAAUGGUAGACAAGAUGGAAGGGAUGGUUAGAAGAAUAGAGGAUCUUGGAAAACAAAAAGAUUUGCUUGGUCUUGAAAAGAUUCCCACUGGUAGCUCAUCAUGGAGGACUCCGACCAGUUCUCUUGUAAGAGGGAGUGUGUAUGGCAGGGAGGAUGACCAGAAGGCCUUAGUCCAAAUGCUGAUUGACAACAGUGAGCAUCACCUGUCUGUGAUAGCUAUUGUUGGCAUAGGUGGGGUUGGUAAAACAACUUUAGCCCAAUGGCUGUACAACAAUCAGGAGGAGUUCAUGAAGGGAUUUGAUCUGAAAGCAUGGGUUUGCGUUUCGGAGAAGUUUGAAGUUGUUGAGACUACAAGGAAUGUCAUAAAGCAGCUCCAUGGAGGUACUUGUAGUCUCAAUGAUUUCAAUUCACUUCAAAAUGCUUUGAAAGAAGAAUUGUCCAAUAAGAAGUUCUUUCUUGUUCUUGAUGAUGUUUGGAGUGAUGAUGCUGACAAAUGGAGUAAUUUUAUGACGCCUUUCCAAUAUGGGAAGAAGGGAAGUAUUGUUCUUCUGACUACUCGCGGGAAAAAUGUUGCUCUAGCAGUUCAGAACUGUCGCCCUUAUUUUCUGAAAGGGUUGUCAGAAGACUAUUGUUGGUCAGUGUUUGCUAACAAUGCAUCUUUUCCAGAAUCAAAUGGGAGUGCAGCACUUGAAGAAAUAGGUAGAAAGAUUGUCAAGAAAUGUGAUGGGUUGCCAUUAGCUGCAGAAACACUUGGUCGCUUGUUACGUACUAAGCAUGAUGUUGAGGAAUGGAACAAGAUACUAAUGAGUCAUAUUUGGGAAUUUUCGGUGGAGAAGAGUAAGAUUAUUCCAGCAUUACUGAUAAGUUACUUCCAUCUUUCUCCAUAUUUAAAGCGUUGUUUUGUUUAUUGUGCUUUAUUUCCCAAGGAUUAUAAAUUUGAGAAAGAUGAAUUAAUCCUUUUGUGGAUGGCAGAAGAUCUUUUACCACCACCAAAGAGAGGAGAGAGUUUAGAAGAAGUUGGUUGUGAGUGUUUUGAUGAACUUACUUCCAGAUUAUUUUUGACAAAGAUUCAUUAUUAUUUUGUGAUGCAUGAUCUGUUGCAUGAUUUAGCAAUAUUCCUUGCUGGAGAUUUCUAUUGCAACUCAGAAGAACUUGGUAAAGAGGAGCUAAAGAUUCAGACUCGGCAUUUGUUUGUAGAUUUAAGUCAUUGUAGCUCAAAACUUUAUAAUUCUAUUUCUAAAGUAGAAUCUUUGAGAACAUUAUUAUUGUUUGGCGGUUUCUCAUCUCCCAACUACAACAUUGAAGCGGCAACAUGUGAGAUAUUAUCAAAGUGUAAAUACUUGAGAGUUUUCUCCUUUGAUAAACUUGAUGAGGUGCCUAAUUUAAUAGGAGAAUUGAUCCAUCUGCGCUACUUGGAUCUCUCUUGGACUUAUACCAAGACAUUGCCAGAGUCUUUGUGCAAGUUGUGUAAUUUGCAAACAUUGAAGUUGAAUCAUUGUUCUAAGCUAACUACGCUGCCUAGUGGUUUGCAUAAUCUUGUGAAUAUGCAGCAUCUUGAUAUUAGAAAUACCUCUUUGGAAGAAAUGCCCAGGAAAAUGAGCAAAUUGAAUCAGUUGCACGUUUUAAGUUACUUUGUGGUUGGCAAGCACAAAGACAAUGGAAUCCAGGAGUUAGGAGGGCUGGAAAAUCUUCAUGGAUCCGUUGAGAUUAAGAAGUUGGAGAAUAUUGUUGAUGUGAAUGAAGCAAAGAGGGCAAAGAUAAUGGAUAAGAAGCACAUUGAUGAAUUAUGUUUGCAAUGGUCUUCAGGUGAUGAUUUGGUUUCAAGUACACAACAAGAAAGAGACAUGCUCGACAACUUGCAACCGCAGAAUGGGUUGAAAGAGUUGAGAAUAUGGGGAUACAAGGGUACAAUAUUUCCAGAUUGGUUGGGGAACUGUUCCUACGAAAACAUGACACGUGUAUCUCUAAAGUCUUGCAAGAAUUGCUGCAUGCUGCCUUCACUUGGACAGCUGCCAUCUCUCAAGUCCCUGCGCAUUGAAGGUUUCCAUCAGGUGAGGAGUAUUGGGGAGGAGUUUUACAAGAAUGAAGGAGAUGAUCAUUCUUCGCAUAUUGCACCGUUUCCCUCACUUGAGACUUUGGAGUUUGAUGACAUGGCAUGUUGGGAGGUGUGGCACGUAUCUGAGUCGGAAACUUUUCCACAACUUAGGAAGCUUCAAAUAAGAAGAUGCCCAAUGUUGAAGGAAAAGAUGCGUAAUCAGGUAUUCUUCAGAAUAGUUUCUUCUUUGUCGGAUGUUUCCAAAGUUCGCAAACUACGUAUAGGCGACGAUAUUAUAGAACGGCACACCGAGGACAUGUUUCUUGAUGGGGAUACUUUAUCAAUUAGGGGAAGUGAAUCUGUGAGGGAGUCUGCAUGGAAGGCAAUGAUGAGCAUCAACCAUCUACGUUGCCUCCAAGAAAUACACAUCUUGAGCUGUAUAAAACUAGAAUUCCCCCAGCUACAGCAGCACAAGUAUGAUUUGGUAGAGCUACAAAUAAAAGACAGCUGUGAUUCACUGACCUCCUUGUCGUUAGAUGCCUUUCCCAAUCUCAAGAAUUUGGAGAUAUCAUGGUGUAUGAAUCUGGAAUCAGUGUCAAUGUCAGAGGCACCACACGCUGCUCUUCAACGUCUCUCCAUUGCUUUCUGCGACAAAUUAGUGUCAUUUGCAGGAGAAGGACUGGCUGCACCCAACUUGACUCAUCUUCAAGUCACAUGUUGUGAGAAGUUGGAGGCAUUACCACGUGACAUGAAGAGUUUACUCCCAAGUUUACAGUCUCUCGAGAUAUAUGGUUGCCCAAACAUUUGCAGGUUGCCAGAGGGUGGUUUGCCGCCUAACUUGAAAGGACUUGAUGUGGGAAUUAGCGAACAACAAAUGAGGGAUCUAUCAUGGAUGGGCAACUUGCACGCCCUCACUCAUCUUGAAAUUGCAGGUUAUGACUGCGACAACAUAAAGUCAUACCCAGAGGUGGGUUCGCUGCCUCACCUUCCCUCCCUUACCACUCUCAAGAUAUGCUGGUUUAAGAAUCUGGAGACAUUGGAGUGCAACGAGCUUCUCCGCCUCACCUCCCUUCAACAACUACACAUAGAUUGGUGUCCUAAGAUAGAGAAUAUGCAAGGAGAAAAGCUGCCUCCCUCUCUCUUGCUACUUCAAAUUGAUCAGUGUUGUUUGCUGGGAGAACACUGCAAGAACAAGCAUCAACUAAUCUGGCCCAAAAUUUCCCACAUCCCUGACAUUAAAGUCUUCUAAACAGGGAUUUCUGAGCAGGUUGGCAGAGGGUGGUAUGCCGCAUAACUUGAAAUCACUUGUUGUGGGAUUUUGCGAGCAACAAAUGAAGGAUCUUCAAUUGAAAAAUAUUCUCUUUCUUUAGACAACAUUAACUAGUUGAACUCAUAUGCCAACUGGAAAAUAUUCUUUUCUUUCAUUUAUUAGGGAAGCUCUCAGCUUGCAGUUGUAGUUCAAGAAAUAUCUUUUGUUUCUCUAACAAAGUCAUUGGCUCAUUGCUAUCUGUAAUACUUAUUAACCUUCAUAUUUUUCAAUAAAAUCACCUUUACAAAAGAAGAUAAGAAUCAACAUGAAACAAAAAUUCAAAGACACUGAAUAUCUUUUGUGUAUCCAACAUUUAAGAAUAUUUUUAGAUGUAUUAAACAAAGAGUUUGAUUUACAUGGGCAUCCAAAUAUAUUCAUGCGUUUAGAAGACUUUUGAAGUAAUGAGUUUGAAAAUUAGUUACCAGAAGCUGUGUUUACUGAGUUUGGCUUCAUGUUAGUAUCUACACUAGAAUGAACAAGAUAGAAAAGGAAGACACGAUGGACAAAGUUGGAGUGGCACUUCUUAAUGAAAAGCUUCUGUUUUUGUUGACAGAUUCACAAGGUGAUGAAGGUAUGUAGCUAAUGCGGACAUGAUUCAAGGAUAUGCUUUCUACAUUUGAAGAUGACAAUCCCGUACCUGAAAUAGUCAUUAGAAGAUGAAGUUCUGGUGCUGCCAUCAGGAGCAAUUUCAUUCCUAUCAACUUUACUGACUGAUCUUUAUCUUGGUAUGUGCAGUUUGUACAUAUAUUAAGCUGCAGUGGGAUUCAAAUGAUUCAAGAAAAAGCAUUGUCAUAGAAUAUUUGAUCUUUUUGGACUGAAUUGAAGAGGAUAGCUACAAAUAUACAGGGUUAUUUUUAUGUAAAGUAAGUGUAUUAUGUGUAUGGAAAAAUU